AUGAAGAGUAACGAUGGGUUUUACACAAACGAUUACGAAAAUGUACCUGAUGAAAUAAAAUUCAAAAGUAACAAAAUUUUGGUAUGGUGUGCAAUUUCUGAAGCUGGCUUUAUCUCACAGCCCUACAUUGGUGUUGUUCGAGACGAAGCCUUAAACGCAAAUAUUUAUAUUCAAAGUCUCUCUAAAUUGCUUCAGUUUGUGAACACACAUCAUGCAAAUGAUCAAAUAGUCUUUUGGCCAGAUCUUCCUUCAUGUCAUUACGCGAGGAUCACAAGGGACUGGUACGAAACUAACAACAUUACCUUUGUACCGAAAGCAGACAAUCCCCCCAACCUACCUCAGGCUCGUCCAAUUGAAGAGUUCUGGGCAAUAUUAAGUCGAAAAGUCUAUAAAAACGGAUGGGAAGCACAAAUCAGUGAAUUUGACAAGUAUCAAAUUUCUUUGGGCACUGUACGAAAACCCCCUCCUGUUCCAAGAUCAAAAGAAGAUCCUACAUUUUGGGAAUUCAAGGACAAUUUAGAACCGGGAAAGACUUAUUCUGUUGUUGUGAAAACCGUUUCUGGAAAAGUCACUUCUUGGCCUGUCAGUGCUGAUGUUACAUUAAAGCCUCUUCCAGUAAGAUACGUUACUUCAACUACCGAUACAAAAACUGGGACAGUAAGUAUAUUUUGGUCCCCGGACCCAGCUAGUACACAAGAAGGGUAUUUGGUUUCUUAUCACGAAGCAGAAAGUACUACCGGAGACAGUAAUACUAUAACUACCAACCAGACUGAUAUUAGUUUAGAGGCUCUAUUGCCAGGAAGGAAUUAUUCCAUUACGGUGCAAACCGUUUCCAAAGACCAACAGUCAACAGAAGAAUCACUUUAUGUUGCCACUAAACCAAGUGCACCAGUUAUUGAAGACCUGAGACCUAUGAUAGAUGGUCUAAACAUUAGUUGGAAGUCUGACGUAAACUCAAAACAAGAUAAGUACGAAAUUCAGUGGAUCAGAAACGACACACACGAAAGGAACAUCAAAACCAGUUACGAAUCCAAAAUUAUUUUGAGCCAUCUCUACCCUGGCGCCGGGUACUUGGUGAAAGUUUUUGCUUUAUCUCACGGAUUAAAAAGUGAACCACAUGAAUAUUUUCAACCUGUUUUUCCAAGACCACCUAGAAACAUGUCUAUUGAAAAAACUACAAGCAAUUCAGUAAUAGUGCGAUGGGCAGCGCCAAGUGAUUCGUUAAUAUCUGAGUAUGCGAUUCGGUAUAGAACCGAUUCAGAUAAUCAGUGGGUCAGAUUACCAGCUGUCCAAAACACCGAAGCCGAAGUAACAGACAUGUCUCCUGGAGAAAGAUAUACAAUUCAAGUAAACACGGUCAGUUAUGGUUUGGAGAGUAACGAACCUCAGCAGUUAAACCAUACUGUCAAACCAAACCCUGUGUCAAAUAUCAACCCUAUAGUAGAUUCCAACAAUGUAACAUUAGAAUGGCCAAGACCAGAAGGUAGGGUAGAUAUAUACAUAGUAAAAUGGAAGGAAACUGGUAGCGGCUCUCAUUUAAAUAAGCAAAACAUUAGCCAGAACCAAAAUGGCACUGGACCUGUGAGAAUGCUGAUUGGAGAUCUGAUGCCGGGUGUAGAAUACUCUUUCGAAAUUCAAGCUAUAUCAAACGAUUUACAGAGCGAAAUUACGGUGGUUAAGGCUAGGACAAUGCCUUUAAUUCAAUCAGAGGUUGUGGUGGUCAAUAAGCAACAGUCGACUGAUACAAUCAGCCUCAGAUAUACACCAACUCCCAUUAGUAUAUCAAGAUUCGAUACUUAUCGAUUUUCUCUAUCGGAUCCUAGUAUACCAGACAAGGAAAAAGCUGCCAAUGAUUCCGAUAGAUUUGUUACAUUUACUGGGCUGGUUCCUGGAAGAUUGUAUAAUAUUACAGUUUGGACCUUAUCUAAAGAUGUCGCAAGUCAACCCUUACAAAGGCAAGAUAGACUAUAUCCUGAACCCAUCACAAGCAUAAACUCUACAUACAUAUCCGAUACCGAAGUUACUUUAACAUGGUCAUUACCGCACGGCGAAUUUAAUGCCUUCGAAGUUCAGUACCUCACAACAGAAAAUGUUUUUAUCCAAAACUUAACUACUCAUAACACCAUAAUUAUUAAUGAUUUGAAACCCCAUCGAAACUAUACGUUUACUGUCAUCGUGAGAAGUGGAACAGAAUCAAGCAUUUUAAGAAGCUCUUUGCCUGUCUCCGCUAUAUUUACAACAAAGGAGUCUAUACCUGGGAAAGUUGAGAAGUUUGAACCUGUAGAUAUUCAACCAGGAGAGAUACAUUUCGAAUGGGCGUUGCCUAUGACCGAGCAGAAUGGUGUUAUUAGGAAAUUUACUAUAACUUACGGUUUGGAGGGAUCAUCUCACACGCUUUCUCAAGAUUUUGGACCUAACGAGUUUAGAGGAACUAUAAGACAACUUCAGCCGGGAAAAUCGUAUGUUUUUAAAAUACAAGCUGAAACAAAAGUCGGUUUUGGCCCAGAAACCGAAUGGACAGAAAAAAUGCCUAUAACUGCACCUCCCAUGCCGCCACCACAAGUAGUGCCAACUGAAGUAUGCAAGAGUCCCACUUCCAUCCAGAUACGAUUCAGAAAGAAUUAUUUCAGUGAUGUUAAUGGACCAGUUACAGCAUAUGCUAUUAUAGUAGCUGAAGACGAUUCUAAAAAUGCAUCAGGUCUAGAAAUGCCAAGUUGGAGAGACGUUCAAGCAUAUUCAGUGUGGCCUCCGUACCAAGUCAUUGAACCAUACUAUCCCUUUGUGAAUAGUUCUCUAGUAGAAGAUUUUACGAUUGGUAGUGAAUCUUGUGAUAUACGCCAAUUGGGGUACUGCAAUGGGCCUCUCAAGUCAGGAGCUACGUAUAAAGUGAAGAUUAGAGCAUUUACGGCACCGGACAAGUUUACUGAUACAAGCUAUAGCUUUCCUAUUCAAACAGAUCAAGAUAAUACUCCAAUAGUUCUUGGAGUUAUCAUUCCAAUCAUUUUCAUCGCUCUACUUUUCAUCACUGUCAUUUUCAUUAGAAAACGAAGAGCAGCUGGUAAGAGGAAGGCUUCAGAAGCUAGAGUUAAUGAUACUUCUAUGUCCUUACCGGAUUCCGUUAUAGAAACUAGCAGACCUGUGCGGAUUGAAAAUUUCUCUAAUCACUAUAGGAUUAUGUCUGCUGAUUCAGAUUUUAGGUUUAGUGAAGAAUUUGAAGAACUAAAACUCAUUGGUCGUGAUCAACCGUGUACAUUUGCGGAUUUACCGUGUAAUAGACCUAAGAAUAGAUUUACGAACAUUUUACCAUAUGAUCAUUCCCGUUUCAAGCUUCAACCCGUUGAUGAUGAAGAAGGAUCUGAUUAUAUUAACGCAAAUUAUGUACCGGGUUAUAACUCUCCGAGGGAGUUCAUAGUCACACAAGGUCCUCUACAUUCCACUCGGGAUGAUUUCUGGAGAAUGGUAUGGGAAUCAAACUCUAGGUCAAUUAUAAUGUUAACCCGCUGUGUCGAGAAGGGUAGAGAAAAAUGCGACCAUUAUUGGCCAUAUGAUACGAUGCCAGUCUACUAUGGCGACAUCUCUGUUCAAAUACUAAAUGAAUCUCGAUAUGCUGACUGGAACGUAUCUGAGUUUAUGGUUUGUAGGGGCGAGACUCAAAGAAUUGUUAGGCAUUUCCACUUUAGUACUUGGCCUGACUUUGGUGUUCCGAACCCACCACAUACAUUAGUUAGGUUCGUUAGAGCAUUUAGAGAAAAGGUACCUCCCGAUCAACGACCAAUUGUAGUACACUGUAGUGCUGGAGUUGGUCGAUCAGGGACGUUUAUAUGUCUAGAUAGAAUCCUGCAACAAAUUCUAAAAUGCGACUACGUCGACAUAUUUGGAAUAGUUUUCGCCAUGAGAAAAGAAAGAGUGUGGAUGGUCCAGACUGAACAACAAUACAUUUGUAUUCACCAGUGCCUUUUGGCAGUGUUAGAGGGUAUAGACUUGACGACAUCUCCUAGAGAGAUUCACGAAAACCAAGGAUUCGAAGGAAACAUCGCAACUACAACUGCAGUUACUGAUCUGGUUGAUGAGGCAUCAGAAAGAAACUCUUCUUCAAGUCCAAGACGUUCUAUUCAAAAUGUGUCAAAUAACGUCGAUAUAGCUAGUUCCUCUAAGCAGAAUCCUAAGCGAAAAAGGAAAGAGUUACGACAAGUACCGCCUCCAACCAAGACGGCUGCAGCUACUGUUAUGGAGUAUCAAACAAAAUGA